AUGGGAUGUAAUAAUUCUUUAACACGUUCAUCUAAUAGUCGAGAACCUUAUCGUACAAUAACUUUAACUUUAUUACGUGUUUAUCCAAUAUUAUUUAUAUUUGUUGGUACAGCUGGUAAUUUACUUUCUGUAUAUGUUGUACUUCGUUCAAAACUUCGACGUCAUUCAACAUUUAUUUAUCUAGCAUUUUUAUCUAUUAUUGAUCUUAUUGUUUUAUAUACAUUUUGUGUUAAUUUUAUACUACAUGCAUGGUUUAAUAUUGAUUUACAACAAGUAUCAUUAAUAGCAUGUAAAAUAUUUUCUUUUUCAAUAUAUUUUUUUCCGCAAGCAAGUGCAUGGAUAUUAACAGCUGUAUCAAUCGAUCGCGUAUUUGCAUUAACUCGUGGUAUACGAAAAACACGCAAUAUACGAUUAACUUAUUCUAUAUUAUUAACAAUAUUUCUUAUACUUUUUUUUCUCAAUGUACAAUUUUUAUUCUAUAAUAAUACGUAUAAAUAUUCAACCGAGACAAAUAAUUUGUCAUCAACAACUAUUUUUUAUCAAAUCGUUGAUACCGAUAUGGAUAUUAAUGUUGUUCAAUGUUCAUCAGAAAAUAGUGAAAAAUAUAAAGAAUUCUAUAUAAAUAUUUGGGUUUAUAUUGAUGCUAUUGUUAAUGUUUAUCUACCAUUUAUGUUAAUGUUUUUAUGUUCAGCAAUAAUAUUUAUUAGUGUUUUACGAACUAUGGGUAAUGCAAAUAAUUCAAAUAAACGUUUAGUUGCAAGAAGUUUAAGUACAAUGCUUUUAUCAAUAAAUACAAUGUUUGUUUUAUUAACUGGUCCAAUUGUUUUAUAUUUAAUGUUUGAAAAACAAACUUCCUCAUCUGGAUCAUAUGAAUGUGAUAUUAAAGUUAAAGCUAGAUAUAAAAUGAUUAAAUUAUGUUUUAUUAUAUUAAUGAAUGCUAAUCAUACGGGCAAUAUACUUGUGUAUUGUUUAACUGGUACAGAAUUUCGUACACAAUUACUCUAUGUUAUUGGAACAAUAAAUAAAGAUAGUGCAUCACCAACAUCAAGAACAUCAAGUCGAAAACAUUAUUAUUGUAGUCCUCCAACUGUAAGACUUGCAAAAAUGAUUGAUAAUGUUGAUGAUAAUCAAUUAGUAACUAAAUAUUCACCGCGAAGUGAAAGAAAAUAUAUUAUUUUUAAAAAUAAACAACAGACACAAUCAACAACAACUGCGAGUAUUUAA